AUGGAUUACGAGCGGAUACACAAAGUUCAGAGUGGAGUGAUAUCACCGAGCAAACUGAGGAUGAAGCUAAUGGGGGCUCACCACAGCAGCAGCAGGAAGAAAGAAGGUUCAUCUAAUUGCAGCUCCUCUCGCACUUCUCCUUGCAGAGUUGCCGACACUGAAUUCGUCAAGAGCAGUCUCUUAGACUCCAACGAUGACGACGACCACCCAGAUUUCGCCGAUGAAGUUGAGGCGCCUUCAUCAGGAGUUACAUCUACAACAGUCACAAGCGAGGCAGCAUUAGACCCUGACACGAGUCGCCAUCAUCCGCUCAAAGAAAACAACACCCACGAUUUGGAUCAUGCCAAGAUACAUCAGCUCUUGAGGUCGGAAAGCGUCAACUCGAAUGCAGUCCACAACGUGAGAGCCAUGGAAGACGAGAACCCAGGGUACGAUAGCUCGUCCAGCUUCGAGUUCCAUAAGGAGAGAUCCGCGGCACAAUGCCAGCUGGUGAGAUCAUUGUCGAGGCCCAUGUCGUCCAAGUGGAAUGAUGCAGAGAAAUGGAUCAUGAACAAGCAAAAUGUGCAGCAGCAGCAGCAUGGUGGUGGUUAUCCAAGGAAGAAUGGGUUCCACAACAACCAGGGUAUUAAUCGGAUGCCCAUUACUACACACAUGGGGCGGGUUGCUCCUGAGCUAGUAGCAACUGGUGGUGGUAGGAUGGUGGACACCAAGCGUGUAGAUUUUUGUCAGACUGCUUCCCAGCUUGGGUUGGAGAAAUUCUCCUUCCUUGGUGCUCCUGGAACUCCUUCCAUUUCCGGCCAAGCAAAUACGUUGAUGGAUCAGUAUGGUCAGAGCAAGGAUUUGAAGGAGGUGGAUCCUAUGGCACUAUCAACUAUGAACACUUCGACAGAAGAUAGGACAGUGGUGCCUGUGAUAAGAUCAGUUUGUAUGAGAGACAUGGGAACAGAGAUGACACCCGUUGCGAGUCAAGAACCAUCAAGGACGAGCACCCCUAUUGGUGCAACAACUCCCAUUCGCAGCCCAACUUCAUCAAUCCCGUCUACACCAAGAAGAGGAGGCCCCACAACAACACCUGUAGAGCAUGAAGAUGGCAGCAGCAACAAGUGCACAGCUAGCCAGAAUGGUACUAAGAGGGAACUAAGCGAGGAAGAACUGAAACUGAAGACAAGGAGGGAGAUCGUCGCCCUUGGUGUGAAGCUUGGCAAGAUGAACAUUGCUGCUUGGGCGAGUACAGAAGAAGAGGAAAAGAACAUGGCACAGUCUCGCGAUAUGGAGUCAGUGGAGCAGAUUGAGUUCGAGAAGCGUGCAGCUGCUUGGGAAGAAGCUGAGAAGUGUAAACACUCAGCAAGAUAUAAACGUGAAGAGAUACAAAUCCAAGCAUGGGAAAGCCAUCAGAUAGCAAAGCUGGAGGCAGAUAUGCGCAGAACUGAGUCUAAAGUGGAACAAAUGAAAGCUCAAGCAGAAGCUAAGAUGGUGAAGAAAGUGGCGAUGGCGAGGCAAAGAGCCGAGGAGAGACGAGCUGCAGCUGAAUCAAGGAAGAAUAGAGAUGCAGAGAGAACAGCUGCGAAAGCAGAAUACAUUCGCCAGACGGGGAGGAUGCCCUCGACUCAUUACAUCUGCUGUGGCUGGUUGUGA